AAGUCCCAAAACGAAUACAGCGCGGCAGCGAGAGACAAGGCAUAAAAAUAAAUGAAUAACAUAAAAAUAAAUCAUACGCCCCAUCGGCCACCCAGUAAAAAGUAAGGCAAUACCGUAACCAUUACCCUCGCUUCAAAAUCACACCCCAACCCGAACCCGAACCCAAUGGAUGUCCUCCCCCCUAUUUUCAUGGCGCUAAUAAAUGCUUAUCGAAGACGCAUAAAGCGAGUAAAUUCGCAGCCAUUAAACGGGCAUAAAAUUCGAAGCCGGGGCCGAAGCGAAAUUGUGGGGCCGACAAAUCAAAGUACAAGCCUCAGGACCAACCUCAUUCUCCUAUUUCCCAGCCAUGACAUAAAACCAGGCAACAAUGAAACCCAAAGCGGCUCCCAAGCGAUUUCGAUGCGGGCAUUCAUCGGUCGAGCCAAGGAAUUGGCCACCCACUAGACCCAAAACCCAGAACCCAAACCCCCAGUGGACCUUCCACCCUCGUCACCCCAUUUAAAGGCCCUUCCUUCGAGGCAACACUCGCUAUAUAACCAUCUUACCCAACGUUGACAGCAUACAAAGUAACUUAAAUCGAAACAAUAAAGCGGCAACUUUGUUCCAAGAAAAAAUGCAAAAGAAAACAAAAUUAACACAGGAAAAACGUGGAAGAAAGCUCGAACAGGA